AACGUCAUCCUCACCCAGUCCAUAGUCUGUUGGGCAGUCCGAAAUGCGUCGUCUAUUCUCGCCGCCAAGAGCAUCUGUGCUCAAUCCAAGAUCGGUAUUAUCGCCGGCUUCAGGUGCUCGAGUUCGACUCGAAUCGCAAGCGAAUGUCAACCAUUGUUCUGUUCCCAGAUGAUAGUAUCUGGCUUAUUUGCAAAGGUGCUGAAAGCACGAUAAUUCCCAAUUGUAUUGGUGGUCCAAUCAACCAAACUCUUGAACAUAUCAACGAUUAUGCACUUUUGGGAUUGCGGACCUUGGCGAUAUCAGCCAGGCAACUUACUUCUGAACAAUAUGGGGGCAUGAUGGAAAAAUUAAACGAAGCUAGACAGAUGAUGGUUGACCGAGAAUUAUACGUUAGCCAGAUCUUUGAUGUUAUCGAGAGUGACAUGACUCUUCUAGGUGCUACCGGAGUUGAAGAUCAACUUCAGGACGGUGUAGCAGAAACGCUCGAGGCUCUCAGGGCCGCUGGGAUCAAGGUUUGGGUCUUGACUGGCGACAAGCUGGAAACGGCCAUUAAUAUCGCCUACUCGUGUGGGCAUUUUAAACGGGGAAUGCAGUUAUUGACACUUACUGCACAGACCUCACCCGCAGAAUGCCAAGAGACAUUGUGGAGAUUAAGACGACGUAUUUGGGAUGAACCAAUUCAAAAUUUUGGCUUCGUCGUCGAUGGUGAAUCUCUUGCUCAUUCUCUCAGAGAGCAUAGACAACUUUUAUCUGAAGUUUGUAGCCAUUGUAAUACGGUUGUUUGUUGUCGAAUGUCUCCCAUCCAAAAAGCAGAAGUGGUGAAAGUUGUGAAAGGGUUCUCCUCCAAACCUAUUACAGCUGCUAUUGGUGAUGGAGCCAAUGACGUCUCAAUGAUCCAAGAGGCCAAUGUAGGAAUUGGUAUUAUGGGUAAAGAAGGGCGACAGGCUGUUCGGUGCUCAGAUUUCGCUUUUGCGAGAUUCCGUUUUCUGCGGCGAGUGCUACUUGUUCAUGGCCACUGGUAUUACUGGCGGCUCUCUACUCUUGUUCAGUACUUUUUCUACAAGAACAUUACCUUCAUUACUCCGGCGGUCUUUUUCGCCAUCUUCAGCGCUUAUUCCACGCAGCCGAUUUAUGAUACGUUUUUCCUGACGUUUUACAAUAUCUUUUUUUACAUCGUGGCCUAUUUUGAUUUUUGGUCUCCUCGAGCAAAACUUUACCUCUCGUCAGUUGCUCGAAAAUCUCCAUCUCUACAGGGACAUUGCCAACAACGCUCGUAUGAGUUGGUUUUAGUUUUUCAAGUGGAAACUUUUAGGUACUUGAAGUCAAAUUUAUGGUGUGAUUCAUCAUUCAAUCUCGUCUAUUUACGUCAUUCAAGGUCUCUGGCAUUCCGUGGUCAUCUUUUUCGGCUGUAUACUUCUUUGGGAAUCGGAUUCGCGCGGUCUCACUAUGGACUUUUGGAGUUUUGGAACGCUAAUCUAUACUGGUGUCAUUGUCGUUGUGAGCUUGAAGUUGAUGAUUCAAUCUCGUCAUUGGACUGCCCCCUUUGUGAUCUCGAUCCUGCUCUCCGUUUUCGGAUUUAUGGGUCUCGCCUUUUUAUACUGUGGGAUCUCAGUCUACGCGCUGAAUAA